UACUUGUAACCUGCUUCAGAGCGUCUGGUUGGCGGCCUCGGAGAGCCAUGGCGGGGAAGCGGCCGCUAGUAGUCUUGUUCGACCUGGGCGGCGUCCUUUUGGGUAGCACUCAGAUGGUUUUCCGAAAUCUGGAGAAGACAAUGGGCUUGCCUGGAGAUUUCUUUCAAAAAGUUGUUCAACAUGGUGGCUCUGAUGGACCUUUCUCCAAAGGGAUGACUGGACAGAUUGGAUUAACUCAGCUUAUUGCUGACUUUGAAGAUGAUUGCAAGAAAGUUUCUUCUACUUCUAAUAUCCCCCUCCCUGAAAACUUCUCAUUGAGCGAGAGUUUUGUCGAAAUGAUGGCAAAAAGUGGCUUGAAUGUACCCUUCCUGAAGGCUGCUACGCUUCUCAAGAAAAAUGGUUUCAGAAUUGCUGUUCUGACAAACAACUGGAUUGAUGAUACUCCUGGCAGGCAUCAAACAGCAUUUGCCUUAUGUCUGUUGAGGAAAUAUUUUGACAAGGUGAUUGAGUCCUGUCGGAUUGGCCUGCAGAAACCAGAUCCCAAGAUUUACGAGUAUGCAUUACAUGAGCUGAAUGUAACACCUGAAGAGGUUAUUUAUCUGGAUGACAUUGGUGCAAACUUAAAGCCUGCUCAGAAGAUGGGGAUGACAACAAUCCUAGUGAAAGAAGCUGAUUCUGCUUUGAAGCAGCUUCAGGAUCUGACUGGGGUUCAGCUUCUUGACCAGGAAGACUAUCUUCCUUCAGCAUGUGAGCCCCAAGAUGUGGCCCAUGGAUAUGUAAAAAUCAAGCCAGACACCGAGUUGCACUUUGUGGAGAUGGGGAGUGGUCCAGUGAUUUGCCUCUGCCACGGAUUUCCAGAGUCCUGGUUUUCUUGGAGGUUCCAGAUUCCUGCCCUUGCUGAUGCUGGCUUCCGUGUCAUUGCCUUGCAAAUGAAAGGCUAUGGAGAUUCUGUGGGUCCACCAGAUACAGAAGCCUAUUCUCAGGAAGAAAUUUGUAAGGAUUUGGUGAUCUUUCUGGACAAAAUGAGCAUUGCUCAGGCGACAUUCAUUGGUCAUGAUUGGGGUGGUGCCACAGUGUGGAAUAUGGCUCUCUUUUACCCAGAGCGGGUCAAGGAGUCGCAGAGGCUGAACUGGAGAAAGAUAUAAUCCGAACUCUGAAGAUUAUGAUACGAUCUACCAGGAAAGAGGAUAAAAUGGAAGGACCUUCUCUUAGUACAGCCGGAGUUAGGAAGCGAGGGGGGCUGUUUGUGGGGCUUCCUGAAGAUACACCUCCAAGUUCUCUUCUUCCAGAGCCAGUCCUCCAGUACUAUGUACAACAAUUUAAAAAAUCUGGAUUCAGGUGUCCACUGAACUGGUAUCGAAACCUGGAAAGAAACUGGUCUUGGGGUGCUUCUGCCCGGGGCAGAAAGAUCACAGUUCCUGCCCUGAUGGUUACUGCUGGAAAAGACAAGGUUCUUAGUCCAGAAAUGAGCAAGCACAUGGAGAACUGGAUUCCACAAUUGACUCGUGGCCAUAUUGAAAACUGUGGACAUUUCACACAAAUGGAGAGGCCUGCAGCUCUGAACAAAAUCCUGAUCGACUGGCUGGAAGAGGUUCACAAAAAUGCUUCGUUGCAAACAACCGCCAAGCUUUGAAGAGGACUUCAGCCCACAAAUUGGCUAAACUGUUAGCCAAUUCAUUUAUGGAAGGGGGAAAUAAUUCAUAAGAUAAUUGGUUAUGGAGCUCUUGCAGUGCUUUUGAUAUAUACUGUAUCUUCAGUGCAUUGGAAAGAAUUAGUCAUGAUCCUCAUAAAAGGAGUUUUAAAAAAUAACCUAAAUCGAAUGCUGAAAACAUAACCAUGCUGAGGUUAUGUUACCCUUUGAUCGCUAUCCUUUUUGAGUCAGAAGAGAAGAAAAAAUAUAUAAGAAAAUUCGUAAUGGCCCGGGUGUGUUUGGACCAUGAUUUAUUUAAGCAGAGAUCACAUAAUUGGAUGGGCUGAUGUAGCAUACUGUAUGCAAACCAAAUAGAACUGCCCUUUAGUACAAGGUAAGAGCUGUGGUGGCGCAGCGGUUAGAAUGCAGUAUUGCAGUUUAACUCUGCUCACUACCAGGAGUUCGAUUCCCACAGGCUCAAGGUUGACUCAUCCUUCCAUCCUUCCAAGGUCGGUAAAAUGAGGACCCAGAUUGUUGGGGGCAAUAG